CAACCUGUUGCUGCAAGCACUUGACUUAACUUACAGUACUUCCAGCCACAAUCACACACAGACACUUCCCACCAUGACCAUCAAGCCUCUCACUGUCUGGUUGACUCCCUCUGGUCCCAACCCAUGGAAGGUAAUCCUUAUCCUCGAGGAGCUUGGAGUCCCCUAUGAGAUCGAGAGCUUCAAGUUCGACAAUGUUAAAGACAAGCCCUACACCGAUAUCUGCCCGAACGGGCGGGUUCCCGCGAUUGUCGACCCGAAUACAAACCUGACUCUCUGGGAGUCCGGGGCGAUUAUUGAAUACCUGGAAGAAGUGUACGAUACGGAAAAGAAGUUGACCUACGAGUCGCUGAACGAGCGCCAUCUGCUGAAUCAGUAUCUGCAUUUCCAGAUGAGUGGACAAGGGCCGUACUACGGCCAGUCAGGGUGGUUCAAUGUCCUCCACCCGGAAAGAAUACCUUCGGUCAUUGAACGCUACAACGGGCAGGUCCGCCGCGUGCUGAGUGUACUGGAUACUAUCCUGGAGGGGAAGACCUGGUUGGUCGGGGAUAAGUGUACCUUUGCGGAUCUUUCCUUUAUGCCGUGGAAUACCCGCCUGGAUUUUGUGCUCAUGACCUCUCCCGGGGAGGAUCCCUUGGCUCCCUACCCAAAUGUGCAAGCGUGGCACAAGCGGAUGGUGGAGCGUCCGGCUUGGAAGCGAGCGAUGGAGGUCCGGGACAAGCUGAUGGACGAGCAGGGGUUGAUGCCCAAUGGAAUGCCCAAGGGAAUCAACAAUAUCAAGGAGUAUGAGGAGCAUAUGGCGAAGGUUGUUGCUGAGGAACAAGAGACAAAGCAGGCAAAUGAGGCUGCGCAAUCUUAGUGCAGGGAAUGGGUGAUUGGGGAUGAGCUAGUUGGCUGUUUUUCUCUUUAUUUGCUUCCAGAAUGAACAUAACUAGAACGGAGUACCGGUAGCAUUUGGCGUCGACGUAUCUGCAGUCGCUCCCAUGGCUAAGGAAACAAGAACUCAUGCAC